AUGGCUUUCGGCCUUACCAAUGCACCUGCAACCCAACAAAGGCUUGUAGACUUAUUAUUUGGUUCAUUUGAUCUUAAGGUAUUUGCAUACCUCGAUGAUAUAAUUAUUAUUUCUAACACAUUCGAUGAACACGUUUCUUUAUUAUUACGUGUAAUAAAUAAGUUAAAGGAAGCAAAUUUAACAAUAAACUUUGAAAAAAGCCAAUUUUUUCGGUCUCGUCUGAAAUAUUUGGGCUACGUAAUAGACGCCCAGGGUCUCAGAACAGACCCUGAAAAGGUAAAAGCUAUUUUAGAGUAUCCAACACCAUCUUCAAAAAAAGAUGUAAAACGUUUUUUAGGAACAGCCACCUGGUAUAGACGUUUUGUGCCAAAUUUUAGCACUAUAGCUGGGCCUCUUAAUAAACUUACUUCAAAUCGCAAGGGUGCUCCAAAAUUUUACUGGUCACCAGAGGCAGACAUAGCUUUUAAAAAGCUAAAAGAAUGUUUAGUAUCUGCACCAGUCUUACAUUGUCCUAACUAUAAUUUGCCCUUCCAAGUUCACACAGACGCCAGUAAUUAUGGAGUAGGUGCCAUGUUAACUCAAACAGUCGAUGGCAAAGAACAUCCUGUUGCCUAUAUGAGCAAGUCACUAAAUGCUGCAGAAAAGAAUUACAGCAUUACCGAGAGAGAGACAUUAGCUGUAAUAGUAGCAUUAGAACACUGGCGUUGCUAUCUUGAAAAUGGUCAACCUUUUGUAGUUUACACUGAUCAUUCAGCAUUAAAGUGGUUUCUCUCUUUAAACAACCCUACGGGCAGGCUUGCAAGAUGGGGCAUUAGGCUAUCUUCUUUUGAUUUUACUAUCAAGCAUAGACGUGGUGCUGAUAACAUUAUUCCAGACGCGUUAUCUCGCGCUGUCGUAGUUUCUUCUAUUUCCACAGCAAAAUCUUACUUAACAACGAAUGAUAAAUGGUAUCUAGACAUUUAUAAUGGUUGUAUGAACAAUCCAAGUAAAUAUGAAAAUUUUCUUAUCAAAGCGGAAAAGCUAUAUCGGUGUUCAAAAAAUAAAUGUUUAUUAACUACAGAGUUUUCGUGGAAAGAAGUAGUUCCAUUAGAAUUACGAGAACACGUUAUCAAAGAAAAUCACGCAGAACCCACGUCAGGUCAUUUAGGCAUCCAUAAAACUUAUCGCCGUUUAGCAUUGCAGUAUUUUUGGCCAGAAGAAUGGUAUAUAAUAGUAUUAAUUAUACAAACUGCGAUCGGUAACACAAUUAAUGCCAAUAAAAAUGGUACAUCAUUAGAUGGAAAUCGACAUUCCCGCGUUAGCGGUCGAAUAGUGAAGUUACAUUCUGAAAUCCAACCAGAAACAGUUACUUGCAUUAGUGAAGGAUUUUUAGCAGAUCCUAAGGACUGUAGAACUUUUUACCGCUGCAUCAAAGCAUCUGGAGGAAAAUAUACAAUUAUUCGGUUUGAGUGCGGUCCGGGGACCGUAUACGAUCCUGAUACUGAAGCGUGUAACCAUUCACAUAGUACAAAACGAUCCGAAUGUAGAUCAACUAGGCCUUUUCAAUUUAUUAUUGCACCUGUUGAACAAAUAAGCGAUAACGACAUAGAACCUGUCAAAGAAUUUCCAUCAUCUAUUACCGCACGAAAACCUUUAAACCCUGAACAAACACCAAAUCAAGUACUGAUUAGCACAACAACAAACAAUCCUUCAAUAAUGAAGCCUGUAGUUAUGCAAAAUUCUGCUUAUAGAGCCUUAUCCUCUAUUAAUCAAGAAAAUGAAAUAAUUAGGCCACAGACACCAGAUAUUUUAACUACAACGACGAAGUUUCCAACAUCUAAGUCCUCUGUUGUAUCUACGGCCUAUCCUCGGACUAGUUCUACUAAUCCGUUUUGGGAGACUACAGUUUCUUCCUCUUCGAAUUUACAGCACAGCAAUGAAUGUACAUACGAUGGAUUCAUUGGUGACAAUGAAGACUGUAGAAAAUUUUACAGGUGCGUUAAUAAUCAAAGGGGAGGUUUUGCUAAAUAUGAAUUUAUGUGUAGUGAGUCUACAAUAUGGGAUGAUGACAUACAAAGUUGCAAUCAUCCUUGGGCUGUACGACGUCGACGCUGUGCACCUGAUGAUUCUGCUAACGAUACAUUUUCGAAAUUUGAUGAAUAUUAUUUACAAAUAAACAAAAAAAAUAAUGAAACUGAAUUGGCUGGUUAUAAUAAACAAGCGAUACAAUCUCCAGUUACAGCUAAUUCAACAUCACGUGUUACGAGUCAGAUUAAUUAUGGAGAUCGGGUAAGCUUUCAUGAAGAAACCAGUACUAAGAAAAACAAAAAUAACGAAAAUAAAGUCGAAGUACAAACUCGAUAUCCUACUAUAGAUAAACAAACUCAAUAUAUAUCAAGCAACUCAAAUCCAUUGAGUGAAACUCAAUAUAACACGAAUUUAUUGCAUCAUCUUGACAAAGUUCCAGUUUAUAAUACAAAUAACCCCAAAAUUGAAACAAAUAAUUUUAAAUGCAGUGACCCCGGUUUUGUGGGGGACCCAAAUGAUUGCAGAAAAUUUUAUCAAUGUAUUGAAAAUGGUAGAGGUAGCUACACUAAAUAUGAAUUUUCAUGCGGCGAAGGAACGGUGUGGGAUAAAAAUAUAGAAUCAUGCAACCAUAUAUGGAUGGUUAAAGAAUGUGGAGGUAAGAUAAUUUCUAACAGUUUAACAUCAGCAAAAACUAACGAUGAAAGUUCUUACAUCACAUCUACACCAAGUUUUAUCAGUUUAACAUCAGCAAAAACUAACGAUGAAAAUUCUUACAUCACAUCUACACCAAGUUUUAUCAGUUUAACAUCAGCAAAAACUAACGAUGAAAAUUCUUACAUCACAUCUACACCAAGUUUUAUAAGUGACAAUAAUGGUAACAAUUUUGAUGGCUAUAACUUGCCAAAAGAAAAAGAUAGGCAAGAAAAUUUCAAUCCAACAACUGUUUUGCAACAAGUAAAUGAGACUACGUCGAGGCCUUAUGAAGUCACUGUAAGUCGAGAAGUCUGUAAUUCUACUGGAUACAAGGGGAGCGAAGUAGAUUGCAAAAGAUUUUAUCGAUGCAUAGAAAAUAUAAAUGGUGGAUUUACUAAAUUUGAAUAUAUGUGUGAUGAAGGCACCGUUUGGGAUCCGGACAUAGAGGCGUGUAAUCAUGCGUGGAUAGUAAAACGUUGUGGCCGUAGCUCCAAAAACGAAACAAAAUUUAGUAAGCCUAGUACAGAAUCUACUAUUAUUACAACAAUAACAUUUAUUCAAACAAAUACACAGUUAAAUCAUAUUAACAAUGAAUAUAAUAUAGGCUUCGGUCCAAAUAAUAAUUAUACUGCAACAACAUCAAAAGUAACAACUACUACCAAUAAGAUGCCCUUAAAUAUCGAAAAUAAAUGUGAAAGAAAUGGCUUUAUGGCAGAUAAUUACGACUGUCGAAAAUUUUAUAGAUGCGUUGAAAAUGGAAAUGGAGGUUUUAUUCAAUUUGAAUAUUCAUGUGGUGAAGGAACUCUUUGGGAUUCAGAAAUCGUAGCUUGUAACCAUUUUUGGGCAGUUAAAAACUGCAGAUACAAUAUCACUAAUGAGGUACAUGAAAAAAUACCUAUACAGCCACCUCCUUCAGACUCCGUUGAAGAAACUGAUAAUAUUUUUUCUACCGAAACUUAUAAAGAGACUAUCAGAACCACUCGGAGUACACUUAGUACAACUAAACUUAAUUCUGCAACAGAUAACACAGCUGAUAGUAAUAAGGUUAAUAUAUGCAGUAAUAAUGGCUUUAUCGGAGAUGAAUACGAUUGCAAGAAAUUUUAUAGGUGUGUAUCGAACGGUGACGGCAGUUAUAAACAAUAUGAAUUUUCUUGCGGUGAAGGCACAGUGUGGGAUCCUUCAAUAGAAAUGUGUAAUCACGCUUGGGCUGUAAAAAGGUGUGGAGGUAGUUCGAAUACUCAACAAGAAGCUACUACUCUCAAAUCAUCAACUACAACGCACACCAUGAAUGAUGAAUUUGACAAUAGUUAUUCAACACCCAGUCUAGGUAAUUCUAAUCAGAAUCAGAGUACUAUGAUUUCAUCUACGUAUAAUACACCAGUUACCGAAGACAACAAAGAAUGUAAAACUGUUGGAUUUUUUGCAGACAAAAAUGACUGUAAAGUAUUUUAUAGAUGCGUAGAUAAUGGACAAGGUGGGUUUACUCGUUUCGAAUUUUCUUGUGGAGAAGGUACAGUUUGGGAUCAAAACAUAGGAGCAUGUAAUCAUGCCUCAUUAGUUAAGCAUUGCGGUGUGAUGUCAAUAACUUCCGAGGGCAAUAUGACACAACCAGCAACUACAACUAACUUCGAAGUGGAUUCUACAAUGUCAAGUUUUCCACAGAACGAAGCAACAAUUACAAUUAAAACCCCUCACAUAAGUGGUAUCUGUAUAGCGGAAGGAUUUUAUAGUGACUAUUUAGACUGUAAAAAGUUUUAUAGAUGUGUUAUUAAUCAACAGGGCGGUUUUGACAAAUAUGAAUUUGUUUGCGGGGAAGGUACGGUUUGGGACCAAAAUAUUCAAACCUGCGUUCUUGCAUCUAACAAUAAUAAUAACUGCAUAAAAACUGUUACUAUUAAUGUAACUUUAACAAAUAAGCCGCCUGUAGCAGCUACCGAACAAAGCAAUACAGUAAAUCAACCUUCACCAGAUUUAGAAGAACAUUCUACACAAAUAAAUAAAAAUUCUACGCCCAGUAUGGAGGCCAAUUGCUUCGCAGAUGGAUUUUAUCCUAACCCUAAAGAUUGUAAGAAAUUCUUCCGUUGUGUUAAUAAUGGCAAAGGCGGAUAUGUAAAAUAUGAUUUUACUUGUGGAGAAGGAACAAUUUGGGUGCAAGCUAUUCAAGCUUGCGAUCAUGAAAUUGACACUUCCACAUGUAGUAAUAAGAUAUCUACAGUAAGUGAAGUACCUAUAAUGGCCACAAAUAUCCCUACACCAUCUGUCAUUAACUCUACGCAAAGCGAAAAACCAAACACAGAUAAGAGUCCAACAGAUACCCACAGUGAGUCAAAUACUCUACAGAAUAAUAAAUGUCACUCAGAAGGGUAUUAUGCGUCUCCAAACGAUUGCCGCAAAUUUUACCAUUGUGUAAUUAAUGACCGAGGUGAAUAUACAAAAUAUGAGUACAUUUGCGGUGAAGGCACCGCCUGGGACGCAGACACACAAACUUGUAAUCACAUUACAAAUGUAAACAGAUGUCAAAAGACAAAUGCUUUAGAAGUUCAAGUCACUUCAACAGCGCAAGACGAAAAGGAAUCUCAGACGACUGAGAACAUAUCUACACAAAAUUCAACGACUUUGGCUCCGGAGGCAACAUCGAGAAAAGAAAGUCCUUCAAGCAAAGAUAACUGUAAUAACGAGGGUUACUAUGGCAAUAAGGAGAACUGCCAAAAGUUUUAUAGGUGUGUUGACAACGGAAAGGGUGGUUACAUUAAGUAUGAUUAUAUUUGUGGUGAGGGUACCAUAUGGGAUCAAGACAUCUUAGCUUGUAACCAUCCAAAAGAUGUUACGAAUCUUUCAUGUGAUGAACGAACUACAGAUGUUACGUCUUCAACAAAUACGGUAUCACCUGUUUACUCAACAACUGGCUCUUCAAGUGUAUCACCAGCAACGUCUUUAGCGCCUACAGAAACUACAAUGAGCUCUCAUGAAAGUAGCAACCAAGGAUCCGUAAAUUGUUCAGGUGAAGAAAAUCCUAAAAAACCACAAAAUCAAGAUGUGACUUGUACUAAAGCAGGAUAUUUUCCUAACCCCAACGAUUGCAAAAAAUUUUAUAGAUGUGUUGAUUGGGAUGGUGAUGGUAAAAGAUUCUCAGUGUUUCAUUUUGAAUGCGGUGAAGGUACUAUAUGGAACCCCGCUCUUGACACUUGUAAUUAUGAAGAAUCUGUAUACCCUCACCGUACUUGCGGAUCACAAUCACAAACCGAUAACAGUAAUUCUGAAACUACAACUGUCACUGAUAAUUCUUCUACCAGUGUUUCUAUGGAAACAACUCGACAGACACAAGAGUCGACAAGUACUAAAUCAACUACAAUGCAACAAUCCUCUAGUAGUGACACAACUGCUACGCAAUCAACUAUAACAGAAGUUCAAUUUACCACUAAACAGCCUUCAACAAGUGAUCAAGUGACUUCUACAAAUAUGUCAUCUACUACUACUGAACACACUGUAAGUGUACAACCAACUACGGAUAAAACUACAAGUGUAUCUGAACAAAGUACGACCACCAAUCAAAUCACAACUGCAAGUGAAAAAAGUACAACGGCAACAGAGCAAACAACUACUACAAGUGAAAAAACCACGACAGAACAACAAACAUCAACUACAACUGAACAACAAACAUCUUCAACAACUGAACAAUCCUCCACAGAACAAUCAACUACUACAAGUGAAAAAACCACGACUGAACAACAAACAUCAACUACAAUUGAACAACAAACAUCUUCCACAACUGAACAAUCCUCCACAGAACAAUCAAGUACCCAAACAACUGAAAGUUCCACGGAAAAAUCAACGACCAAAGAAGAAACAACUACAUUGCAAUCUACCGCAGGACCGCAAUCAACUACUGAAGUAACAACCGAAAAAGAAAUCUCUUCUACUACUACUGAAGAGACAACAUCUACAAGUACAAGUGCACCAACAGAGAACUCCUCAGAAACAACUACAGAAGGCAGUUCUUCUAGCGGUAAUAACUGUCCGGAUACUGAGAGUGAUCAAUAUUUAUACGCAUGUCCUACCUCAUUUAGAAGGCAUCCCAAGUAUUGUAAUCUUUUCUAUCAAUGCCUAGAAGAUAAUGAUAAUCACGAACUAAAAAUUGCAGUAUUCAACUGUCCAAAUGGCACCAUUUAUGAUGAAAGUAAAAUACAAUGUGUUGAGGAAAUCAACGCAGAGAAAAAAUGCCAGGGAAGCAUAGCUAAAGAUCGUAGAUUUAAACGAUUGAAUAUAAAUAAUAAAGAGAUGAUAAGAGUAAGUGGAAAUACAUAUAGGUGUCCAGGAAUAGGCCAUUUUCCUUUUGAGAAAAAUGAAGAAUGUUCUCCUGCAAUUUUAAAAUGUGAAGUUUCUAAAACUGGAAAACUGCGCGGCUUUAUAUUUCGCUGUCCUGAAAAUUAUGUGUAUUGGUCAAUAAGUAGAAGAUGCGAACCUGUUUCUAAGAUGACGGAAUGCAAAGGCUCUCCAAAUCAGUGGGAUGGAAGAUCGGAAAUUCCAGUAGAAAGAAAAAACGUAGCGUGA